GUCUUCCAUUACUCCCUCCUCGCCUAGGUACCUGAGGUAGGUGGUAUGGUUGACUCGGAUAAUUGUGCGCUUCAGCAAGUACACGUAACGCACCACAUGACGCCAGACAUGUAGCAACGUUGAUAUCGUCCCACAGGGCGCCUUUAUCAGCACGGCCGACUUAUGAGUCGUGCAAUAAACCCAGGAUGGCCUUUACUUCUGGCCCAGCUCUACGACGCCCAUUCAGGCUUCCAACUCGAUGAAGGAAUGAUGAUUGUCUCUGGUUGAAUUGACACUAAGAGCGAUCCGAGCCCUGAAAGAAUGACGGAGCUUCUUCUAUGUCUUCGACGGCAUGGCUCUGAGUCGAGCGACAAGCCACACGAACGCAGCUCAAGGCAGCAUGGAUAAGUCUAUGGCUUUUGAUUGAGGUGAUCCUGCACAUGCAAAGUAGCGUUAUUGGACGGAGAGAGGGAGCUGUGUCGCCUGCCCCGUCUAUUCAGGUAUACGUCCAUUCAGGCACGUCUCCAUGGUGUUGAGACACUUAUAUUGGCUUCAUACUGGCAAGCCAUCACCAAACCCUCUCCCUGGCCCCGCUCUCAACUCGGCCCGAAAUCUGAACUCUGACGACCAGUGCAGGUCGAUCGAGGGGCGCAAUCAUGUGCUGAAGAAACCGGAAGUUGUGCUGUGUCGAACCUGCCCAACUUGAUCUUUUCGACGUCAAGAAAGUCCGAUUGACACAACCGAUCAAGCGUUGACGACACUUCCCGACAUUAUGAAGCCAUUGCGAGCAUUCGAUUUGAAAUGGCAAUAAACCUAUCAUAACACGCAUGGUAAACCGUUCGUGUCCCGCUGCAACCCUCGAAAUAUCAUACAUGUCGGAAGGUGAACGGAGUGCUGGAGUACAGAUCCAGGAGAGGGCAACAAUUAUGUCCUUGAUUUGGCCAAGAGACAAGGCAUCGUAUGGUAAUGCGUGGUGAAGCGAGGCAAUGUUGCCCUCUCCCUGUCAUUCCCUGGAAUUCCUUCACUACUGUAUGCCAGUGCAUUGUCAGGAUUUGAUAUCGCAAUGGAGGUGGAGACUGUGUAGUCUCAAGUUGACUGACUUUCACUGCAUAGAGUCAAGCAAGAUGGUAGACGCAUGUGCCACUCUGGCUAUCCAACCACGCAUAUCUCAACCGUACCUGACAUGGAUCUUCCGCAGGUCUAACCCUGCAGACCGUAUGGCUUUCUAUCGGAAACGCACACUAUCGGCUAGCUUCAACGUCUGAUUGAUGGCUACAUCCGUUGCGGCUCUUCAGCCGGUCGGAUUGUGGUGGUGGCCUCGAUCUGAGGUGUUACUCUAUCGCCAUCGUCAACCUCAUUGACCCAUAGGUCUGCCCUGGUCGUGGCUAUGAUCGAACACACGUCUUAAGUUCUCCAAAAUGCGGCUUAGAGUUGAGGAUGUCAAAAAAGCCACGACUGUUGCCUGAGGUAGCAAAAUGGUACGGCUGGGUUCAGCUCUGCCUGGGACCGGACUCGGCAGUAGUCGACCGGGGAGUUCGGAUUUGGCGCCUGUCAGCCUCUCUCACCGACUUUCCGGACCUCAGCAUUCUUCUUGGUGCCCUCAACACCGCCAACUGGACAACAUCUGCAAACAACGCUGCUACACUGGAACUUUCCAUCCGUCAGGCUAAUCAUGCGUUACUGAAACAUGUCCCAGGAUUCCGGCGUGCCACAGAUCGCGUGAAAAAAGCUCCCCGUCCUACGCCAGGAGACACUGCAUAGCUAUGGACACCGGAGCAGCUCAGCCAUCCCCCCGCGACACCGACAUUUUGGUUUCGCCUUACCUGUACCUCCUAGUAACUGAUAAUGUGAGGCAAAUACACUUUUGAUCUCUUGCAUUUCCCUUUUUGCAUGCAUUGUGCAUCGCAUUGCAGCUCAUGGUAGGUUUGGGCUUGUCGACGGUACGGCCGGUUUCAUUUCAAACCACACCGACCGCUGUUUUAGGACCCCGGUUACCUAAAAACAGGCCCACGAUCUAUCUGGUCACCGCAUUUUCUUCGACAGGCUGAUGUGAUGCAGUGCAGCCUCGAAGAGUCACGAGCAAGUUGAUCGACCCAAAGUCUCCUCCGCUUGGUAGGACAGAUCUGAGUGAGACCGGCGGCCCUGCGUGCGCGCCUAACCGAUUGACUAGAUGCAUACCCCAACAUGCAAAAGCCUCGUCCCCGUCUCACCGAGUGAGUGAGUGCUGUUAUACGAGGAAGUCAGAUUCGAUGAUACAAGCAUAAAAGGAUUGACUCUCACUCAUCAAAGUCAACGGUUCCCUCUCACUACGGCAUCAACGAUUUUCCUGACUGUCACCUCACCUCCUUCGUCUUAACAAAGAGUAUUGUACAUUGCAACCAAAAGCUCGACAACAGUCAAAAAGCCACCCUUCCUCAACAGCAUUUCAUACCACCUGAUAUCACCUACGAAAAGACAAAGACACAGAACGAUGGAAUCCCCAAUCAACUGUGGUCGAGGCCACUAUGAUGUCGCCGGCGUCCUGAGACCCAUGGGCCCACAAAGACCAUCUCCCAAGUAAACCUGGACUUCGAAAAGAGCUAUCAAACCUCGGGUACGCCGUGGUCCUGCAUGGCCGUCUCGUCCUCUCGAGCCAUCAUUGAUCCGAUCCUCUCUGAACAGACUUCAGACACGGAGAAAGAACCCGGGUGUUUUGCUCAACUCUACUACUUUGCUACUAGCGGUACUACGACACCGCAAGGCCAGACUUCAUUCAUCCUCGAAGAUGAAAAUGAAUGCAUCUCCCGCCCUCAAAAGGGACAGCUCUCUACCGCAUGAAUAAACCUCAACCAAGCUCAACCAACCAUGUCUUCUGGCGAAAUGCCUUGGGAUGAGGACUACGCGAUGACCAUACACCCAACCUGAAAAGCCACGUCUGCUUGCUUGCUUGGCCCCGUUCAUGCUAUAUCUGCACGGCAUUAUUCAGGUGGUCAAGAUUGACGAUCGAGACCAGAUGGACCAUGUAACUCGUCCGGGGGCCCGUGUACAUAGGUAUAUAUACAUAGAUAACAUACCAUACCUCAUCCUCAUGGCCCUCUGAAUGAAUGGAUGGUUGGCAUAGGUUACUACAGGCGCCGGGGUAGUUGUCGAGACAGCAAAGACAGUAUUUCCAUUCCA